CUUAAAUUGGAAGACCGAACGCGACUCGAAUUCAGACUGUGCACAGACAUUCGACAGCAAUCAGCUUACCAGCCCCAAAAUAAUCAACAUGUCCCUAACUGAGCAAUUCAAUGCCGCCGCCGAGAAGGUGAAGUCUCUGACCAAGCGCCCCAGCGAUGAUGAGUUCCUGGAGCUGUACGCUCUCUUCAAGCAGGCCACAGUUGGCGACAACGAGACCAGCAAGCCCGGCAUGCUCGAUCUGAAGGGCAAGGCCAAGUGGGAGGCCUGGAACAAGCAGAAGGGCAAGGCCACCGAGGCUGCCCAGAAGGAAUACAUCAGCUUCGUUGAGGGACUGGUGGCCAAGUACGCCUAAGCCUAAGCUGCCGCACCAAAUACAUUCUAAACUAGAGAGACUAAAGCUAAUUUAUAUCCAACAUGAUCUUUUAAAUGCGUAAUAAAACAUUGUUUGUUUUUUUAUACACA